UUGUCAGUGGAGCUGCCUGAGAACAGGGUCUUUGGGCUGGUGUGUGCUGCCAUGGAGCAUCAGCUGGACAAAGCUGCUGGCACAGCCCAGCUCCCAGGUUUACUGGCCCAGCGCCGGAGGACUCCGCACCCCUCAACCAUGCAGAUGAUCAUCGAGGCACUGCAGGCCAAGGACAGCAACAAGGGUGCCUCUGUCCCAGCCAUCACGAAGUUCAUCCUGGCCAAGUACCCCACCGUGGAUCCCACCCGCCUCAAGUACUGGGUGAAGGUGACGCUGAGCAAGGGUCUGAGCCGUGGGGACCUGGUGCGGCCCCGCAACUCCACUGCCACAGGGGCUGCUGGCACCUUCAUGUUAGCCCCCAAGAUGCUCAAGCAGAAGAAGCCGCCAGGCCAGGAGGAUCCUGACACAGGAGAGCCCUCUAAGCCAGCCCAGCCUGGGGCUAGCCAGCUUGGCCGGGCCCCCGUGGCAGGCGUGCGGCAGCAAGGGGCUGUGGAGGAAAAGCUGACGGAGGCCAAGCAGAAGUCGAGGACGAAGGCCAUGGAGGACCCCCCACUGGCAGCAGCCAAGCCCAGGAGUGAUGGAACGAAGCCCCCACGAGCUGUCGGCCGCCCUCGGGGCCCUGGCAAGGGGCGUUCAGGGCCCUCCAUGGCUCCAGAUGCUGAGGAGGCAGGAGGGGACAGAGGUGCCAGCUCUGUGGGCACCAGGGCAAAGCGGCCACGGAAGACCCCAGUGGGAAAGAGCAAGAGGAAGGCACCCGAGGGAGCCCAGCCAGGAGCACCGGAGGGGCCCCAGCCAGAAGGGACCAAGGUGAAGGGGACCGAAGGCAAGGUGAGGAAGCCUCGGGUGAAGACAGGAGCAGGCCAGGGGCAGGCCAGCCUGAAGAAGGCAGCGGCCCUCCCAGAGGGCAAGAAGGCCCCAUAGUGUGUCCUGGACAGCCCCUCUUCCAUAGGAGCCCAGCUGGGGUCAGGCCCUUGGGGUCUGUGUUGGGUUUAUUCCCAGGAUAGGUUUUAACUCUCUGUUAAUGCCCUGUUAAUAAAGUUGCUUCAUUCCCA